AACACAAAUUCGGACAGUUUGUGACUGGAAGCGCGCCAGUUCACUUCUUAAGUAACUGUGUGGGAUUACGUGAUUAAACACAUGACCGUGUAAUUGUGUGUAAAAUAAUUACAAUUACAAUGAAAUAAAAUGUUUGUUCCGCUGGUCUGCUGGACUCUGUUACUCCAUCGAUCAGAAGAUAAUAUUAAGCCUAUUUAAGUUUAAGAAGAAAUGGUAAAGUUGAAGGCGGAGCAUGCAGCGGUGGUUAUUGUCAAAAUAUCGCGAGAGAGCCUACACCAUUUUGUUGGUAGAUAUGCGGAAGCGUCAAUUGACUUGGUAGAUAAAUAUUUUACAUGAAUGAAUUGGACGUAAUUGGGAGCGUACAAAGGUCUUGGCGAAGUAAUGAAAAAGUUUUAUAAACCGUACACGAUAAUAAAUAAAUAUUGUGUUGCAUUGUAGAUAUAGUGAACGCUAGCGGAGUUGCUGCGGAUGGUGGUGGUGGGUAUAAAGCUCUACCCGCAUCGUCUACGACGGUGUGUUCGUUGGGAGGUCUCAAGGAACAGUGUAUAGUCAGUAGACUAUACUGGUGUGUAUAGGAGACAUUGGAGGAGAAUCACGUGCCGAUGGAUGAUAGAACGCGAUAAGGAAGAAAUAAAAGAUCCUCCAGACAAAAUAAUAUAUAAAUAAAUAAAUAUAAUAAUAAGGGGAUUGAUUAUGGUGAGGAGUGGUAAAAAAAGGUCGUUGAGUGUGUGAGUGGUCAACGGCGCAAUAUGGAGGAGAGUCAGCUGUUGAUGACCGAACUACCAGCGUUAACAACAGGAGGAACGCGUGGUACUUUGCUCCACAGGUCUGGGCAAAUUUAUCACCUGUACCAGCCCCACCUGACACUAACGACACCCCAGCAUCAGUCACGGCAAAAUUCCGUGAGUAUACACAGCUACAUGAAUGGCGGGGGUGCUACCAAUUUGACCAAAUACAAGCAUGGGAGUGUCGUGAGACGGAAAACUCUCGAGGAAAGGAGUGAGGACGCCGCGCCCACAAGCACUCACAUAUCCUGUCUUUACCCCGAAAUAUUGGCUCUGAUAUUCAGCUACUUGAAUGUCAGGGACAAAGGCCGGUCGGCUCAGGUCUGCGUAGCUUGGCGAGAUGCUGCUUACCACCGCUCGGUCUGGAGAGGGGUUGAGGCUAGAUUGCACCUGAGGAAACCCUCCCCGGUGGUUUUUGCGAGCUUGGUCAGACGGGGAGUCAAAAAGGUCCAAAUACUGUCUCUAAAAAGGGGUCUGGGAGAUGUUAUCAAGUGCAUACCCAAUUUGGAGUCGCUGAACCUCUCGGGCUGCUACAAUGUCACUGACCAGGGGUUGAAUAAUGCCAUUUCGGACACCGUUACCUCGCUGACCAGGCUAGACUUGUCGCUGUGCAAGCAAGUGAGCGACCAGGCGCUCCAAAAAAUAUCUCAGAAAAUACCAAAUUUAGAAUGCCUGGAGCUCGGCGGGUGCUGCAACAUCACCAACCACGGGCUGAUGCUCAUCGCCUGGGGACUCAAGAAGCUCAAGUAUCUCGACCUGAGGAGCUGCUGGCAUGUCUCCGACCAGGGACUCUCCUACUUGGCGGGGUUCAACUCUAAUGAAGCUACUCUGGGUAGCAGUCUGAUGUUGGAGUACCUCGGGCUUCAGGACUGUCAGAGGCUGAGUGAUGAAGGACUCAGGCACUUGUCUACGGGAAUAGUCACCCUCAAGUCGAUAAACCUGUCGUUCUGCGUCUCGAUCACCGACUCGGGGCUCAAGCACCUCGCGAAGAUGACCAGUCUCAGGGAUCUUAAUCUCAGGUCCUGCGACAACAUCUCCGAUAUUGGUAUGGCGUACCUUGCAGAAGGCGGCAGCAGGAUAUCCUCACUGGACGUCUCCUUCUGCGACAAGAUCGGCGACCAAGCGUUGGUUUAUAUCUCACAGGGUCUGUUCAACCUCAAGUUACUGUCGAUGUCCGCUUGCUCUGUGAGUGACGAGGGGAUUUGCAAGAUCGCGGAGACUCUUCUUGAGCUGGGCACUCUCAAUGUUGGUCAGUGCACCAGAAUAACCGACAAGGGAAUCUCUGCGGUGGCUAAAAAUAUGAAAAACCUGACGUGCAUUGAUUUGUAUGGAUGUACAGGUAUAUCAACAAGUGGAUUACAGAAGAUUAUGAAAUUACCACAGAUCACCACUAUUAAUCUGGGAUUAUGGCACGUAAGGUGAUGAGUGCAUUAGGUUUUAUAGUGUUUAUUAAAUAAUAACUUUCUUUUUUAUUAGUUAUUAUUUUAAUUUUUUUUUUUUUUUUUUUUUUUUUUUUUUUUUUUUUACCGGUACAUUAAGGUAUCGUAUACGUUAAAGGCUAAUUAUUAGGGUAGCGCAAAAAAACCGACUUUUUUUUUGUCUCGUUCUUUUUAAGAAGUCG